AUGGUAGAGGAGCAGCUGGUGAAUGGCGAUGGCCAAAUAAACAUUGGCAGGCACCCGCCAUUAGGAGAUGUGCAGGAGGCAGCUGAUCGAUGUUUCUCUCUCAUCGAUCAACAUCUCUGCUGGUAUUUUAGGGAAUCUACAAUGGAAGAACACAAGGAAAAUCAGCUAGAUUAUGAGUCAAAGAAAGUGGAAAUCUUAAGACUGGCCCAGUCAAAGAGGAACAUUAACAGUUUGAACAUGGACCUUGAAAAGGAUAUGCAGAGAAUAGACGAAGCAAAUCAGGAACUUCUCCUCAAAAUCCACGAGAAAGAAGAUGAGAUUCAGAGGCUGGAAAGUGAGGUCACUCAGACCAGAGAUUCGGCAGAAGAUGAGGAGUGGGAGAAGGAAAACUGCACCACACUAGAAAGGGAAAGAGCCUUGCAGGAGCUGGAAGAAGAAACAGAUAGACUUGAAAGGAAGAAUGAGACUCUGGUCCACAGUAUAGAAGAACUUCAAAGAAAGCUUACAAGAAAAUCACCUAAAGCAACCAGGUCUGAAAAGGGCAAUCUAGAGGGAACCCCAGAAGAGUCAAAGGCUAAGUUACAGCAGCUGGAAGCUUCCUGUGCUGACCAAGAGAAGAAGCUGACCAAGGUAAUGGAAGACUUUGCAUUUGUGGUCCAGCUCUGUGAAGACCAGGCCCUCUGCAUAAAGAAGUACCAGGAAACUUUGAAGAAAAUAGAAGAAGAAUUAGAGACUCGGUUCCUUGAGAGAGAAGUAUCAAAAGUCUUGAGCAUGAGCUCUGCAAGCAAAGAGUAUAACAACCGAAAUAAUAAGGUUAAUUCUCUCCAAAAUAAGGGAAUAUGGUUCUGUAAAAGGAUUUUCCGAUACUCCUUUUUCAUCACCCUGUUUUUCAUCAGACUUCUGGGCUACUUGUUUUUCCAUAUAAGUUUUAUAAAUCCAGAUGUACUUAUCAACGUACUGCCCAAGAUACUGAGCAGGGGCAUCUUGUGGAAGCUAAGAAGCUUCCUGUUUCCAUCUCUCACGCUUGAGACAGAGGACAUGCUACCCCACUGA